AUGAGAAGAACGAGUAAUCGCUGCGAUCGUAAUCACAUUCUUGUAUCAUUUGCAACUAUUUGUCUUCUUCUCUCAAAUGCAAUCUAUGCUAAAAACCACAAACGACCAAGUUUGUUGAUUUUAAUUAGUUGUGGCUCUUCAAACAACGUAAAACACGAAUCCGACGACGGUACGACAUGGCAACCCGACACCUCAUACUUAGGGGUUGAUGAUAAAUCGACAUCGGUCAAGGCUGAAAUUCAAGACCCUUCUCUGCCUUCAGAUAUUCCUUAUAUGACUGCCAGAAUAUUCCAAUCCCAAUCAACCUAUCAAUUUCCUCUCCAAAAUUCAACCUCUCGAACUCUACUUCGUCUCCAUUUCUACCCUUCUUCUUACCCAAAUUUCAACAUCUCCAAUUCUUACUUCUCGGUUGUCGCAGGCGGCGUUACAUUGUUGAAUAAUUUCAGCGCUUCUUUAGCCGCGGAAGCUCUCUCUCAGGCAUAUUUCAUCAAGGAAUAUUACUUGGCUCCAUCACAGUUCCCCACACUCCACCUCACAUUUAAACCAUCAGAUAACUCUUUCGCGUUCAUCAAUGGCAUUGAGCUUAUUUCCAUGCCACCCUUAUUCGACACCGACCCAACAUUGGCCGGUUCUAUUGGACCCGGUGACGAUUUCGACACUGCUGUUGCAAUACCAAUACAAAGCAACAACAUGGAAACCAUGUUCAGAUUAAAUGUGGGCGGGCAAUAUAUCGCCCCAGCAAAUGAUUCGGGUGGACUUAUGCGAAGUUGGUAUGACGAUAGUCUAUACAUUUACGGUGCAGCCGAUGGAGUGGCCGUACAAGCCAACACAACAAUCAGAUACAAAGGGUUGCCCUCUUACAUUGCCCCCUUAGAUCUAUACUCAACUUAUAGAUCAAUGGGUCCUUUUGUAGACGUAAACAAGAACUCCAAUCUGUCGUGGGUAUUCCACGUAGAUCCGAAUUUCAUGUACUUACUCAGAUUCCAUUGGUGUGAUUCCGAGAUGACUAAACCAAAUCAGAGAGUUUUCGACAUUUUCAUUAACAAUAAAAUCGCCGCAAGCCAAGUGGAUUUGUACGCAUGGACGGGUUCUAUAGCAACUCCCACUAUAAGGGAUUACGUAGUACAAGUCAAGAACAAGACCGACGAUUCUCAACUGCUGCAGGUGGCACUUCACCCAACCGACAAAACCAAAGCAGAAUACGCGGAUGUUCUUCUGAAUGGUUUGGAGAUAUUCAAGCUCAGCGACAAUGCAAACUCAAACCUUGCGGGUCCCAACCGAUGA